AUGUCUACAAGUGCAAAGACUGUCAUCGCCACCGGCGCCUCGUCGGGCCUGGGCUUUGAAUCAGUGAAACAAUUGCUGGAGAAAUCCGAGCCUUACAACUUCAUCUUGGGCGCUCGAAACACUGAAAAGGUGCAGGCUGCCUACAAUGACCUUGGUUACGACAACAGCAAGCAUUCCGUCACUAUCAUUCCCCUUGAUCUCUUGAGCCUGCGAAGUGUGCAGCUCUUCACACAGCAGGCACUCGCCAAGUUGGGGCCUAACCGCGUCGACAUCCUUUACCUGGCUGCUGGAACGCUGGACAGCGCUGAAGGGCCCGGCCCCCACGGUUCUCAGUGGUGUGAGGGUUAUGUAGUGAACCAUUUGGCUCAGCACUACCUCGUUCACCUACUCCGUGAAACACUCAUUGCCUCAAAGACUCGUCUCGUCUUCGUUUCUUCUGGCGCAAUCCGCAAUGUCAGAGACCAGGACCCUUCUACUCUUGAUAAAGACCUAAAGGCCAAAUCAGGUGCAGGUGUUGGUACAGUGUACAGUGCCUCGAAAUUCGUGCAAUUGCUGGGUGCUCACUACUGGCGCCGCAACCUGCCUGAGUGCACUAUUGUUGCUGUGUCCCCCGGUCUUAUUCCUAGCACUAACCUUGCUACGAGCAUGGGUCUGAGCAUGAGCAUGCCAGAUGCUAAGACUGUCCCCGAGGGUGCUCAAAACCUUCUUCGUGCCUUCACUGUCAGCGACCUCCCUGCCGAUCCGGAGCAAAUUUUCCUCACUAGCUGGGGAGAGUGGUGGCCUAAGGAUGUCUAUGCUAUGAGUCUUGACACCAAGCUCCAGGACAAGUGGUGCCUCAGCUUGGAGGAAAUCGAGAAAGAGGAGGGUCUUUCUAACCAGUAA